AUGGCGGCGUCAUUCACAUUCAGGCACUCCUCGACUCAAGCAGUAGGGCUUCAGUGCCUAUACUCGACAAGCAGAGGUUUCAGCUCCAGUACCGCUCGUCUCCUACCGCCUCCCUCUUAUAACUCCAAGCCCGCAUCCUCCGCGCCGCUAUCACCGCCCUCUUCCGCCUCCACGGUGUCCUCCUCCGUAGCAGAACCCUCAAUAACUUCCCCCGUCAACCCUCCCGCCAGCACACGCCCCGCGGUCAUUGACCUACCCUCCAAAUCCAACCCCCAGACCUCCGGGAAAUUCACAUACUACCUAGCUCUCGGCAAGGCGUAUUUCGCUUUCUACAAAACCGGCCUUAAGAACGUCUACGCGAAUUAUAAGGCGUCUAUCCCAUUACGGAAAGAAUUAGGUCUACCGGUUUAUAUCCCACGAUCACCAUGGACGGAUAAGAUCGGCCCAUCUGCCUCUGAUGUCCUGUCGUUGACGAGAAGCGACUUUCAACUCGCCCGGCGCAGUGCCUAUGACAUCCGCCGCACGAUUCCAUUCGCAUUCAUCCUCCUACUAUGUGGGGAAACGACACCGUUCGUUGUCCUGGCGCUCGGCAACCGCGUGACGCCAAUGACAUGCCGCAUGCCGAAGCAGCUAGCCAAGGAGCGUGGGAAGAGAAUCCUCAGCAAGGAGGCUGCUCUCCAGGGAGUUCCGGCAAAAGAACAAGCAUUGAUUUCCCCGUCUUCUCUCGGUGAAAUGAGAAACGUAUCAGAACUGAGCACGAACGACGUCAUCAGAUCAUGUGUCGUGUUUGGACUGAGGAAGAGACAUGAUCUGCCGUUCCCUGGGUUCGUGCAGACAUUGUUGGCGAACCAGGUCUAUCGACCAAGACUACAGCGGUGGUUGGAGUAUCUUGCUGUGGAUGAUAAGCUGAUUGCCAGUUCUGGGGGAGUAAAGGGGAUGGUUGCUGAGGAGGUUCGCCUCGCCGUCGAUGAGCGAGGUGGUGUGGACGUCGGUAUGGGAUUGGAGGGAGCAGCGAGCGAGAAGAUGGAGAGGGAGUGGUUGACUAAAUGGAUGGCGGCUAGAGAGUAA